AUGGAGGCGUACUGCAACACAGUGCGUCGCCUCGAGGACAAGCUCAACGGGCUCGAGCUCAACCACAUCGCGCGCAAGUACAACGAGGAAGCAGACCAGCUAGUCAAGAUCGCAUCCGGGCGGACCACCGUUCCCCCGAACGUCUUCACCCGCGACCUCGUUAAGCCGUCUGUCGACUUCAAGAACCCUGCAGAAGCCGUCGGGGCGGCGCCCAGACCCUCUGGGACUGCGACCACGGGGCCAUCGGCCGAGGACCCCUCGACGGAGGAGCCCGAGGCCAUGGACACUGACUUCGAGACCUCCUCUGUGGAUGAGGCUGAAGCAAUGGAGAUCGACGAGGCCCCGCCACCGCGAGAUUGGUGCAUCCAGUACCUUGACUGGAUGAUUCGAGGGGUAUUACCCUCGGACCGUGCUCAGACACGGCGCAUCGCUAGGCGGGCCAAGUCAUUCGUUCUGAUCGACGACGAGCUGUAUAAGCGCAAUCCCUCGGGCGUUCUGCAAUGA